UUGCGGGCCCUUGGCAGUCUCAGACUCGGCUGUGAACUCUGAUCAUCAUGCGUGCUUGUGUGCUUCUGUGCGUUUUUGGGUUGGCUGCUGUGUACGGCGCCCCCAAUAGCGACUGUACGACAGAACUGGGAAGGCUUAGGACAGAGCUGGAACUGAUGAAGGACACACUCAGCAAACUUCAUGAAGAAAUCAUAGAGGUUGAGGAAACCACCCCACACAGCAGAGGAAAGCGAUCUGGUUACUACUUAAGAGGACCAGCAGGUCCUAUGGGAACCCCAGGUCCCAAGGGUGAGCCAGGUGCACCAGGUGCCCCCGGGCCUCAGGGUAAACAGGGAUACCCUGGAUUCAAAGGAGAUACUGGACCUCCCGGAAUUCCCGGGGAACAGGGGGAACAAGGUCUCCCAGGACCUCAGGGUGACGUUGGCGCCCCAGGAGAGACCGGUGUUCCAGGCAUUCCAGGACCAGAAGGACCAAUGGGACCUCAAGGACGCAAGGGAUACGAAGGAGCAGUAGGAGAACCCGGUGUUCCUGGAGAGCAGGGACUUCCCGGAGAGAAGGGAGAGCCUGGGGCAAUGGGACCAAUGGGAACCACCGGACCACAGGGAGAGAAAGGAGAUACCGGAUAUCCAGGAUUGCCAGGUGAGCCAGGGACACAGGGACCUCAGGGUGAGGCCGGACCUCAAGGUCCAGAGGGACCAAUGGGACCACGCGGACCUCAGGGAUACCAGGGACCCCAGGGUCCACCUGGUGCUCCAGGAGAGAAAGGAGACCAAGGUCUACGAGGAGCAACAGGCCGACCAGGUGCUCCCGGGCCUGCACAGCUCGCUCCAGCUCAACCUAAGGCCCCAUCCUAUUAUGUACAAGCCGCCCCUAGCAGGAUGAAGGGGAUAUUCAAUUUGCAUUCAAAGCAAAUAGGCAGAUGUCAAAUUACGAAUAAUUCAUUACCGUUUUCCGAUUCUUUAUGUUUCGCUGGGUCUUGGAGCCUUCCUCACAUUUAUUUUGUCCCCGGCACCAUGAAAGCUUACGUAACAUUUCUUGUCCUAGGAACAGUAUCAGUAUUGGCCGAUAUUCAAUAUGAAAUCAGAAAACUUUCAGAUGAUAUGGAAUUGGUCAAAUCUGAAAUUAUAUCGCUACAGGAGAAAAUUCGUUUAGUUAUGGUUCAAGAGGGAGACCUACAUGAAAUUGCUCCUAAACACGAUCGUCAUAAGAGGUUCGUGAUGAUACAGUUUGCGCCCAGAGGGUCCCAUGGACGGCCAGGUGAGAGGGGCGCACGAGGUGACGAUGGUCAGCAUGGAUUGCCGGGUCCAGCUGGUGAAGAUGGCGUCAAAGGGCCACCAGGAGAGCAAGGUCAUCGUGGCUUUCAGGGUUACCGUGGAUUUAAAGGACCCAUGGGUCCCAAAGGCGAAACUGGAGCCACAGGAAAACAAGGGGCACAGGGAUCUCAGGGAAUACACGGGAUUACGGGAAUGAAAGGGGAGAAGGGAGACCAAGGACUCCCAGGGCCACCAGGCAUCCCCGGGUUCCCCGGAUUUCCUGGCCACAUAGGAUACAUGGGACUGCCUGGUGAAAUAGGAAAAGCGGGACCCCAGGGUGAGAUAGGCGAUUACGGAGACAUUGGAAUCCCAGGACGAAUGGGGGAGAAGGGGAAACCAGGCGAAAUUGGUGCAGAAGGUUUCCAGGGGCCUGCUGGUCCACGGGGCGAAAACGGAGGAAUUGGGGAACAAGGGCAGACCGGGUACCCAGGACUGCCGGGUGAUGCUGGACCACUAGGCCCUCGCGGUCCCCAAGGUGUGACGUACGCGGAGUACCUUAGGGCAUUCGAAGAGGCUCAAGCCAGAUUGCUCAGAGAAAAUUCACGCCACUUAUAACCAUAUUUAAUGUUCAUUCAUAUUUCAUCGUGUCAUUAUUGGUUGAACUUUUCAUAUAUUUUUGUUGCGAAUGCGUGUGCCCAUCGUGACUGCAUGCGUCAAAAUAUACUAGUAUAGCAUGCAUAUUUAGUUAACUGAAAAUGGACAAUGCAGUGGUAUUGUGCAAUUUUUAUACUAUAUACUUUCCAAUCUCUUUAAUUUCUUUCAUACUUCAAUUUUUAGUAUCCAAAAUGUUUGCUUAAUUAAAUUAUUAAAUUAACACAAUAUUACAUGUACUGCUGUAUACAGGGGAAUACUCGCCCCCGUUUUAUUUUCACGUUUGUCGCCAUGGGCGGCUUUAAGACGGCAAAACUAUUUUGGGUCUUUAAACACGAUGAUGGUGAAGAUUUAAAGUGCAGACUGCCCAGUAGGGGCCCUGCUACACUAGUCUUUAAACACGACUGUGUCUGCCCGCAUUUAAAACGGAGCAAAAACUGUCUGCAAGUGUAGAAGCGCGAAAAUAACCCAGGGCGAAAAUAACACUGUAUACAGUAAUUAAGAACCGGUGAUUUUGUGUGCACUUUAUAGUUUAUAAUAAAGUUUUGGUUUUU